CGGCCCGGCAGAAUGCGCGCCGCUGAGGUGGUGGUGGAGGCGGCGGUCUAGGGAGCGGGAGGGUCUUCGGGUCCCCCACCUCCCGACCGGGGGCCGGGAGGCCGGGGACCCCAGGAGGCGGGGGCCCGCGACCUCCAGGGCUCGGGCGGCGUCGGGGUGAGGCGCCGGGCGCCGAGCGUGGCCCGAGAAGAGCGGGCGCCCCGCCCCUCGCUUUCUUCCUGGACCGCGCCUCGCGGCCCCUCCCCCACCGCCGACCCCGCGCCCUGCGCGGACCUGAGCCCGGAGCCCGCGCGCGCGGUGGGGGACGCGGGCUGCGCGCAUCGCUCGCUCGGGCCGGCCGGGUGCGGGGCCCCUGAGCCCGGCGGCGGGCCCCUCUUCCCCAGCGUGUCCGCGCAGACGCCAUGGCCGAGCCCCUGAAGGAGGAAGACGGCGAGGACGGCUCCGGGGAGCCCCCCGGGCCGGUGAAGGCGGAACCCGCCGGCCCCGCUGUCUCCGUGGCGGCCAAGAACCUGGCUCUGCUGAAGGCCCGCUCCUUCGACGUGACCUUCGACGUGGGGGACGAGUACGAGAUCAUCGAGACCAUCGGCAACGGGGCCUACGGGGUGGUGUCUUCCGCGCGCCGCCGCCUCACGGGCCAGCAGGUGGCCAUUAAGAAGAUCCCUAACGCUUUUGACGUGGUGACCAACGCCAAGCGGACCCUCCGGGAGCUGAAGAUCCUCAAGCACUUCAAGCACGACAACAUCAUCGCCAUCAAGGACAUCCUGAGGCCCACCGUGCCCUACGGCGAGUUCAAGUCUGUCUACGUGGUCCUGGACCUGAUGGAGAGCGACCUGCACCAGAUCAUCCACUCCUCGCAGCCGCUGACGCUGGAGCACGUGCGCUACUUCCUGUACCAGCUGCUCCGGGGCCUCAAGUACAUGCACUCGGCUCAGGUCAUCCACCGCGACCUCAAGCCGUCCAACCUGCUGGUGAAUGAGAACUGCGAGCUGAAGAUCGGGGACUUUGGCAUGGCCCGCGGCCUGUGCACCUCGCCCGCGGAGCACCAGUACUUCAUGACCGAGUAUGUGGCCACGCGCUGGUACCGCGCCCCCGAGCUCAUGCUCUCGCUGCACGAGUACACGCAGGCCAUCGACCUGUGGUCCGUGGGCUGCAUCUUUGGGGAGAUGCUGGCCCGGCGCCAGCUCUUCCCGGGCAAAAACUACGUGCACCAGCUGCAGCUCAUCAUGAUGGUGCUGGGCACCCCGUCGCCGGCCGUGAUUCAGGCCGUGGGGGCUGAGCGGGUGCGGGCCUACAUCCAGAGCCUGCCACCUCGCCAGCCCGUGCCCUGGGAGACCGUGUACCCGGGGGCCGACCGCCAGGCCCUCUCCCUUCUGGGCCACAUGCUGCGUUUUGAGCCCAGUGCCCGCAUCUCAGCCGCUGCCGCCCUCCGUCACCCCUUCCUGGCCAAGUACCACGACCCGGAUGACGAGCCCGACUGUGCCCCGCCCUUUGACUUUGCCUUUGACCGUGAAGCCCUCACCCGGGAGCGCAUUAAGGAGGCCAUUGUGGCCGAGAUCGAGGACUUCCAUGCGCGGCGAGAGGGCAUCCGCCAGCAGAUCCGCUUCCAGCCUUCCCUGCAGCCUGUGGCCAGUGAGCCCAGCUGCCCCGACGUUGAGAUGCCCAGUCCCUGGGCUCCCAGUGGGGACUGUGCCAUGGAGUCCCCUCCGCCGGCCCCACUGCCAUGCACCGGCCCUGCACCUGACACCAUUGAUCUGACCCUGCAGCCACCCCCGCCGGCCAGUGAACCAGCCCCUCCAAAGAGGGAGGGUGCCAUCUCGGACAACACCAAGGCCGCCCUCAAGGCCGCCCUGCUCAAGUCCCUGCAGAGCCGGCUCCGCGAUGGCCCCAGCGCCCCCCUGGAAGCUCCUGAGCCUCGCAAGCCGGUGACAGCCCAGGAGCGCCAGCGCGAGCGGGAGGAGAAGCGACGGCGGCGGCAGGAGCGAGCCAAGGAGCGGGAAAAGCGGCGGCAGGAGCGGGAGCGCAAGGAGCGGGGAGCCGGGGCCUCGGGGGGCCCCUCCGCCGACCCCUUGGCCGGGCUGGUGCUCAGCGACAAUGAUCGCAGCCUGCUGGAGCGCUGGACUCGCAUGGCCCGGCCCCCGGCCCCCGCCCCAGGGCCGCUGCCUGCCCGGCCUCCCAGCCCACCCUCUGGCCCCGCCGCCCAGCCCGCUGCGGCCCCGCCGCCGCAGCCUGCCUGCCCGGCCCCGGGCCCCGGGCCUGCGCCUGCUCCACUCCAAACCGCUGCCUCCUCCGGCCUCCUGGCCCCGCCGUCGCUGGUGCCUCCCUCUGGGCUGCCCGGCCCCAGCGGCCUGAGCGUUCUGCCUUAUUUCGCCUCCGGCCCGCGCCCUCCAGACCCCGGGGGCGUCCCUCAACCCUCCACCUCAGAGCCCCCCGACGUCACCCUCGUGACCCAGCAACUGUCCAAGUCACAGGUGGAAGACCCCUUGCCCCCCGUGUUCUCGGGCACCCCAAAGGGCAGCGGAGCUGGCUAUGGCGUCGGCUUUGACCUGGAGGAAUUCCUCAACCAGUCUUUCGACAUGGGCGUGGCUGAUGGGCCCCAGGACGGCAGCCAGGCAGACUCGGCCUCGCUCUCGGCCUCCCUGCUUGCCGACUGGCUCGAGGGCCACGGCAUGAACCCCGCUGACAUCGAGUCCCUACAGCGUGAGAUCCAGAUGGACUCCCCGAUGCUGCUGGCUGACCUGCCCGACCUCCAGGAGCCCUGAGGCCCCUCGUCUGUGCCUUGCUGCCAGGGGCAGACCCAGCUCCAAGACCCCUAGGGACAGUCCCCAGGCCUCCGGGACCCACGGGGACAGUCCCCAGGCCUCCGGGACCCACGGGGACGGUCCCCAGGGCUGGAGCCGAGCCCA